CUUAAUAAUUUCACUCUCUGUUAGUUUCCUUUUAUGUUUGCUGCUUAGCAUAUUCUGUUCGUUUCGAAUUCCAUUUCUAUCUCUAGGUAUCUACCUAUCCUUCUAUCUACACUUUCCUUUAGGAAGACACACAUCGUACGCCUCGAAUCGACUUCCACACAUUUUGACCCGAAACAACAUACAACAUUUGUAAAAAAAAAAAAAAAAAAAAAAAAAAAAAAAAGGCAAAAUGCCCGCCAUAAAAUCUUUCGUCACCAAAUUCGGCAAAGGUGCCGCUACCAAGCAAGUCUACAUUUACGAAACAUGGCUGCGUUGGGUCGCACGUGGCAUCCAAUUCAUACUCGCCAUCAUCGUUUGCGGUUUGUAUGGCAGUCGAGUCAACCGAGAUCACAAGGAUGGAAAUCCGCAGUCGGUAGCGUGGGUCUACGCCUUGAUUGUUGCCGGCCUCUCGAGCAUCACCUGUUUCGUGUAUGCCAUCCCAAACCCAUUCAGCAAAUUCCAAUCCCACCGUCUCUUCGCUUGGGAUCUCACCCUUUUCGUUCUAUGGAUUGCGCUAUUCGGCACCUUUGCCGUUAUUUUCCUCAAGCGCGACGAUGACAAAUACGAAGGCACCAGCGUUGCGCUCAUGAAAUGCGCUGUCUGGGUCGAUCUCGUGAAUGCCCUCUUCUGGGCUGGUACCGGCGCGUACGGCUGCUUCCGUACUUUUGUCGGCAAGAAGGUUAAUGGAAAGAUCGACCAGUACCAAACUAAGAUUGAGGAUGGCUUACAGUCCAAGGUAGACCAAUAUGCGGGUCCGACUGUAAGCAAAUACGCAGGUCCGACUGUAAGCAAAUUCAGCAUGAACCUCAACCCCCUCCGACGGGACAUGGUGUAAGAGGUAUGGGCGAUAGUAGCGGGAGAUGAAAAUAGAAAGGGGACACUGGGAAGGUUUUUUUUUGGUGUAUGACUACCUAGACGAAGAUAUGAUCUGCUGUUGGUUGGCUGGUUUGAUUUGAUUCGGGUUCGGUUUCGGUCGAAGGUGUUA